AUGCGGAAGCUGAGCACUGGCCGCGGCGGAGGGGAGAGGGUCGGGAUGCUGUCCUUCGAGGUGGCCGCGCUCAUGUCGCGGGCCGCGAGCCUGUGGCGCGCGCUCGAGGAGGACCAGGUGGCGCAGCUCCGCGGGGAAGGCGUCCGGCUGGAGGGCGUGCGGAGGCUCGUGGCCGACGACGACAGCGCGCUGCUGGCCCUCGCCGUCGCGGAGAUGGCCGGCGCGUGCGGGGACAUCUCCUGCGCCGUCGCGCGGCUCGCCGGCCGGUGUGCCGACCCGCUGCUGCGCCGGUUCGACGAGCUCUUCUCAAGCCUUAUCGCCGGCGGCGCCGGCGCCGACUCGCACGGGCUGCGCUACGCGGCCGCCAAGAAGAUGGACCGCAAGGCGCGCAAGAUGCAGCGCCUCGUCGCCGCCACCGGGCUCCUGUGCCAGGAGAUCGACGUGCUUGCCGAGCUCGAGCAGGGCGCGCGCCUCCGCCGCGUGCAGUUCGCGCCCGGCGAAGCCGCGCGCCGCGUUGCCAGGCAGAGGCAGGAGGUCGACCGCCUCCGCGCGGCCUCGCUCUGGAACCGGAGCUUGGACUACGCCGUCCGUCUGCUUGGCAGAUCGCUCUUCACCAUCGUCGCGAGGAUCAUAGAUGUGUUCGACCUGCAGCCCAAGAAAAUCGCCAUGAACGAUUACUCCAUGGUGUCGCCCGCCGGUGCGCGGCUCUCAUUCUCCUGGAGCAACUCCUUCGUUGGGAGUACGAAUUCGCUGGUGUACCCCUCGGAUUUCCCCGUGGAUGCUCCGAAGAGGUCGACGGUUGCUGCAAAAUCCGGUAAGGCCCCUAACGGCGACGUUCGCCGGUUCCUACUUUCCAGGAGCCAGAGUUUGAAGCAGCUCAAGUGGCCGGUGCGUGGCAAGCACCUCAUCGGCUGCAUGGUCAGCGGGAGCAAGUCUCCGACCAAGGAGGGGUGGGUCCACGGCGGCCAUGAUCUCCCACUGAGCUUCAGCUACGUCUCAUCCAACAACGACGAUUUCAGUGGCAGUUACCAGACCAACGAGAGUGAUCGUCACAGCGCCAGCAGGAAGCUCUCCACUUCGGUGUUCGAGUGCUCGUCGCACGACGUGCUGGAAAACGCACCGGAGGCGACCCUCGGCGCAGCCGCCCUGGCAUCGCACUACGCGAACCUCGUCGUCUUCGCCGAGAAGCUCGCCAUCUCGCCCCGGCACAUCUGCCCCGACGAGAGGGAUGCGCUGUACGGCAUGCUGACUGACAGUAUCCGGGCGUCCCUCCGAGCACGCCUAAGGCCGCCGUCGUCCGCCGCUCGCAAGAAGGGCACGCCCUGCGAUCGCGUCCUGGCCGCCGGGUGGGCUGACACGGUGCAGGGGAUCCUCGGAUGGCUAGCACCAGUCGCCCACAACACUGUGCGGUGGCGGUCCGAGAGGAGCUUCGAGCAGCGGAACGUGGGCUCCGGCACCAGCGUUCUGCUCCUGCAGACGCUGCACUUCGCUGACCGGGACAAGACCGAAGAUGCCAUCAUCGAGCUGCUUGUUGGGCUGAAUUACCUGUGGAGAUACGGGACUCAGCUCUCCGCAAAGCCAAAAUUGGAGUCAGUGGGUGGCGAUGUUUACCAUGAUCGAGCUGAUUACAUAGGAUGA